GGGGAUACAGUUAUACCUCUAUAUAUCCCCCAGUGUGGAGAAUGCAAGUUCUGUAAGAACCCUAAAACUAAUCUGUGCCAGAAGAUAAGAAUCACGCAAGGGAAAGGACUCAUGCCUGAUGGUACCUGCAGGUUCACCUGCAAAGGGAAGCAGAUUUACCACUUCAUGGGGACUAGCACCUUCUCAGAGUACACUGUGGUGGCUGACAUCUCAGUGGCCAAGAUAGAUGCUGCAGCACCCCUCGAUAAAGUGUGCCUGCUGGGCUGUGGCAUCUCAACUGGCUACGGGGCUGUUGUGAACACGGCUCAGGUGGAACGUGGCUCAACCUGUGCUGUCUUUGGAUUAGGAGGAGUUGGGCUGGCAGUUAUUAUGGGCUGUAAAGUAGCAGGAGCAUCCCGGAUCAUUGGCAUUGACAUUAACAAGAACAAGUUUGCCAAAGCCAAAGAGUUUGGAGCCACUGAGUGCAUUAACCCUCAAGACUUCAAGAAGCCCAUUCAGGAGGUGCUGGUUGAGAUGACUGAUGGUGGGGUCGACUACUCGUUUGAAUGCAUUGGUAAUGUGGGAGUCAUG